AUGGACUAUAAUAGGAUGAACUCCUUCUUAGAGUAUCCACUUUGUAACCGGGGACCCAGCACCUACAGCGCCCACAGCGCCCCUUCCUCCUUCCCCUCUUGCUCGGCUCCAGCCGUUGACAGCUACGCAGGCGAUGCUCGUUAUGGCGGGGGACUGCCCAGCCCCGCGCUCCCGCAAAACUUCAGCUACCCUGCGCAGCAGCCGCCGUCGGCUUUGGGGGUGCCCUUCCCCAGCCCGGCGCCCUCAGGGUACGCCCCGGCCGCCUGCAGCCCUAGCUAUGGGCCUUCUCAGUACUACACUUUGAACCAACCAGAAGGAGAUGGAAGCUUCUUUCAUCCCUCAAGCUACGCGGCCCAACUAGAGGGCUUGUCCGACGGCUACGGAACCGGCGCAGCCGGCCAGGGGCCGUACACUCCGCCGCAGCCCCCGUACAGAAACGAGCAGAUGGCGAGCUUUGCCCCGGCCUAUCCUGAUCUCCUCUCCGAGGGCAAGGAGCCGCUCUGCCCGUCAGAACCCAGCACCCCCACGGCCCGGACCUUCGACUGGAUGAAGGUCAAGAGGAACCCACCCAAGACAGCGAAGGUGUCGGAGCUGGGCCUGGGCGCGCCGGGUGGCCUCCGCACCAACUUCACUACGCGGCAGCUGACCGAGCUGGAGAAGGAGUUCCACUUCAACAAGUACCUGAGCCGAGCCCGGAGGGUGGAGAUUGCUGCUACCCUGGAGCUGAACGAGACGCAGGUCAAGAUUUGGUUCCAGAACCGGCGCAUGAAGCAGAAAAAGCGCGAGCGGGAGGGAGGCCGGGCACCCCCAGCUCCACGAGGCUGCCCCAAGGAGGCAGCCGGAGAUGUCUCGGACCAGUCGACGUGCACCUCCCCGGAAGCCUCGCCCAGCUCGGUCACCUCCUGA